AUGGGAUAUAAGAUAUAUUCUAACUCUGACUUAGUUCAAACAGUAACAUGGGCAAACUAUGAAUGGUUCGCUUUGAGAAACUCAGUACAACCACAAGCUAGAGAACAAACAGACCAGUAUGCAAAUAUUGAGAAAAUAAGAAGACUUGACCCUAACGUUCCAGGAGUUUAUGUUAACCUUUCUGGUUCAGAUGGAACUGCUGCCACUAAAGUAAAACUGAAACUUAGAGUUCCUUUGUCAUCUUUCCUCAUCUUCAGGUUUUUAAGAUACUUGCCAAACUGGGCAGGAAAAAUUUCUAUUGAACUUACUCCAAGCAAAAAUAACUUAGUCAUUGCACCAACACAAGACCCAUUCAGCAUUACUGUAGCUGGAACUGGUGGAGCCAAGUUCUGUGACUUUUGCAAAGACAAAGUUGACUUAGACUUUGGUUUCUCAAACUUCAACAAUGAAGUAAACUAUUAUUUCAAUGCUGCUGGAACUGCUUGGGACCCAGUUAAGUUCACAUGCGAAAAGUUUGAAUGCAAGAGAAUAGAAAGCAGACUUGCAGUCUAUAUGUUGGACCCAGAUAUUUCAAAUGCUUUAGCUGCCAAAUAUAUUGCAGUUCCACUUAUGUUCCCUAUACACCAAAUAUCUGUCAAAGACUUUGCAGGUGAAGUUGGAAACCAAAGUGCUGACCCAGGUGCAAGAACAGAUAUUGCUUUAACAACUGCAAUGAAACAUGCAGAUACUAUGUUUGUACUGUUCAGACGAACUAUAAAUGACUAUUCUUGUUUCUACAACCCUGGUAUUAAAUAUCAUAUAAACAUAGAUGGCAAAUAUUAUCCAAGAGAAGAAUAUUCUACAGUUGAGGAUAUGAG